UUCCUCUCUAACCUAAACGCAAAACCCUAAAAUAUAGAGGCUAAAAUCCCACUCGUCCCUAAGGAGAAAGAGCUUAGAAGUUAAACUAAAAGCUUCAAUGGCGGCCAAGAAUCAAAAGACACAAAAACCCAAAAAGAGAAAGCAAUUUUCAAGCUCAAACAUCGACCGAGAUAGCUCAACAUCGAAGAAGCCGAAGCUACUUGCUUCAGCCCCAUCAAAAAGCCCUUCAAAUAAGCCGUUGAAAAAACCUUUCAACUCAUCCAAACAAAAACGAGAACACCCAAGUCAUUCAAAGUUUAAGAAAUUGGAUUCUGGGAAUGAAAAUAAAGAGCUCACUAAGAGAGAGCGUCGAAUCCAAGCAAAGGAAUUGGCAGAAGCUAGAAAGAAGAAGAGGAAACAGCAUUAUACUCUUGAACAAGAGCUUGCAUCUCUAUGGGAAAAGAUGAGACGUCGGAAUAUUCCUAAAGAAGACAGAUCAAAGCUGAUUACUGAAGCUCUGCAAAAGAUGAAGGGAAAGAUUCCAGAAAUUGCUGGCUCUCAUGUUUCGUCUCGUGUUCUGCAGACCUGUGUUAAGUACUGCUCUCAAACAGAAAGGGAUGCUGUAUUUUCCGAGCUUCAGCCACACUUUCUCACCCUUUCAUGUAAUGCCUACGCAGUUCAUCUUGUGAAGAAAAUGUUAGAUGCAGCAUCUAAAAAACAGCUGACAGGGGUUCUCUCGUCUCUCCGUGGGCAUGUUGCUUCACUUCUUCGUCACAUGGUUGGAUCUGUAGUUAUUGAGCAUGCAUAUCAACUUGGAAAUGCCACUCAAAAACAAGAGCUUCUGAUGGAAUUAUAUUCUACAGAGCUUCAUCUGUUUAAAGACCUCGCAUCCAUCAAAGAAAGCAGGUUAAUAGAUGUAAUAUCAAAGCUGGGCCUGCAGAAAUCUUCUGUUUUGAGACACACGAGUUCGGUGAUUCAACCAAUCCUUGAAAAAGGAAUUGUGGACCACUCGAUGGUACACAGGGUAUUAGUAGAGUAUUUGAGCAUAGCUGAUCAGUCCUCUGCCGCAGAUAUAAUUCAACAACUGUCUGGUCCUCUCCUAGUUCGUAUGAUCCAUACACGGGAUGGAUCUAAGAUUGGGAUGCUCUGUGUUAAGCAUGGAAGUGCGAAGGAAAGAAAGAAAAUCAUCAAAGGAAUGAAAGGCCAUAUAAGCAAGAUAGCGCAUGAUCAAUGUGGGUGCUUGGUACUCGUUGGCAUUGUUUCAAUGGUCGAUGACACAAAGCUUAUAACAAAGUUCGUCAUCCGUGAGCUCCUAGCAACAUUGAAAGAGCUUGCUUUGGACAAGAGUGGAAGGCGCCUCUUGUUACAGUUGCUUCAUCCAAACUCUUCGCGCUAUUUAAAUUCCGAUGGUCUGGCGUUUUUAAAUUUAUCUGUUCUGUCACUCAGUGCUAAGAACAAUUCUGAAGCCGGAUCUGAGAAUAUUUUAAGUGAUGAAUCUGGUAAGGAGGCAGCUAAGAGUGAUAUUCCUGAAGAGAACCUUGAUGAAGAACGUACAAAAGAGGAAGCUACAACCAAUUCUGAUAUGACAGAAACCAAGUCCAGUAAAAGCGAUAUUCCCGAAGAGAACCUUUACUCGGCUGAGGGUGGGAAGAAGGAUCCUUCUUUAAGGAGGAAAGAGUUGCUAGUCAAGAGUGGGCUCGCCGAGAAUCUUGUUGAUGUUUGCAUUGAGAACGCUGGAGAACUGCUUACUUCAAAUUUUGGCAAAGAAGUAAUUUUUGAGGUUGCAUUGGGUGGUUCUGAUGGAAUUCUGCACCCAACAUUGGAUGAAAAGUUGAAUAACUUGCACCAAGCUAUAGCAGCACUUGCAGCGAAGCCUAAAUCUGAAGAACCCGAAGAAUCAGAGGAAGAACAUGUGCUCGAAAACUUUCAUUCCAGUCGCACCAUACGGAAACUGGUCUUAGACUGCCCUGCAUUUGCUUCCACAUUAUGGAAUAAAUCUCUUGAAGGAAAGUGUCAAUUAUGGGCUCAGGGUCACAGUUCAAAGGUAGUGUCUGCAUUUUGGGAAUCCUCAGAUUCCGAGGUCCGCAAAAUGGCCAAAGAAGAGUUGAAGCCCUUGAUAGAUGGUGGUAUUCUCAAAAUCCCUGAAAAUAAACAAUUGGCAGAUGAAGAUUAGUUAGGUUGGUCCGUGGUGGAAAGACAUGAAUGCCGAGAACGCCGAUCGGACUGCUGCGAAUGUCGAGUUAAUGAACCGACUCUAUUUAUCUGAAGGAAUUUAUGAAAUAUUUCUAGCAAAUUACUGAGCUUUCUUUAACUGAAACAGGGUUAAGGAAUUGUGGUUAAUUACAGAAUGACUGUAGAAUCUGGAACAGUAUUAUAAAUUUUGGUUUUCGGUUUCGAUCUUUA